CUAGGCCUAGCUAUUUGUUCAGUGCUUGCUUUCCCUCGUUUUCUGUCUGUGAAAACAAAUUCGUUCUUAGGAUAAUUGCCAAAUUUUCCGUGUUUGUGUUGUGUUCCGGCUCUAACCGCAUUAAGGAACUUAGCUGCAACAAUGUCCGGUUUCUCCUUCGGUACUCCAACAACGUCGGCUCCCGCAUUUUCGUUCGGCACGCCAGCAGCAACAUCAAGCAUCGCUCCCUUGGCCGCUGCUACCCCUGUCGCUGCGCCGGCACCAGCGACGGGGUUUUCUUUCGGGACUGCUGCCGCCGCCACAACGACUACGGCUUCUGCAGUGCCUGGAUUUAGUUUUGGCAAGCCAGCCGCAACAACGGCAGCGGCACCACUAUCGUUUGGGCUCGGAACCACUUCCACGGCUGCAAGCCCUUUUGGGGGGCUGAGUGUAUCUGCCGGGACUACAGCCACGGCAACAACGACAUCGACAUUCGCGGUGCCAACGCUUAAUUUCGGAACGGCAGCUACUGCUACCGCUGGUGGGACCAACACGCUCGGUCUAGGAAAUACCGCUACGGGAGGCCUUUUCGGUGCUCCCAAAUCAACGACCACGGUAGCGGCAGCACCAACAACAUCCACCACAACUACCGUGGGUUUAGGAGGGGUAGACAUAAAUGCCAACCUGCCCAAAUCGGUUGAAGGCAAAAAUGAUAACACGAAAGCGAAGGAAUCGCAAGUCCCGCAAGAAAUCAUCAGCACCGUGGAACACCUGAAGGAACACAUCAAGAAACAGAAAACCAUCGGCUCGGAUAUCGCUCGUUCCUCCGCCCGAAAGAUGUCCAACGUUGCGAAUGAAAUUAAAAGCCUCACCAGCGUUCUGGCGGAACUGUCGAACAGUGUGAACAAUAAUCAGAACGCGAUUAAAAUGCUUCGACACGAAACGUCCGGCAUUACGCGCCAGGCGGACAUGGCGCAACGUACGCAAGAAACUCCCGCCGGUCUGCAGUUCGAAAACACACUGCCCUUGCAGUACUUCAUCGAACUGAUCCAAAAGUAUGAAUCUGACCUAAUCAAUUUGAAGCAGCAAGUAGAGCUAACAGAAAAACACAUGAAUUCCCUUACGACACCCCAAUAUUUCACGCCCCAAGACUUGAAGCUUUGUCUUCAGCAGAUCUACGAAAGCUUUGUGGCGCUUGCGGGGCGUCUGCACGAGCUGCACCAGAAAGUUGAAACGCAAAAAGAACAGUACCUUAAUCUACGGCGGUAUUUGUUGCGCGACAAUACGGACGUGUUCGAGAGCAGCGAGGGUAAAAAGGAGAGUAGUACCGUGGCGGACAAGUUUGCGCUUAACAUCUCUUCCGGCCCGACACCUUUUUCGACCGUAAUGGGUAACGUGAGCUUCGGCGUUUCCCUCAGGCAAACGGGUGCCGGUACAUCGCUCUGGUCGGGUGCAGGAGCUGGGCUGACAGGGGCGGACCAAAACAAAGGUGCCUUCGGACAGACGAACUUUUUCGGUUUGAACACCGGAGCCAGUGCGGGCGGCAGUGAUGGCCUUGGGUUCGGAAAUCGGUUAGGGUUUGGAUUUGGGACAAUGUCGGCGACUGGUGGCGAUGCGUUCAACUUGCAAAAACCACCACUAGGAAGCAAAAGAAAUAAAUUGUAAACGGACUGUUUACUGUAAGACAUAUUUUUGCGAUUGUAUAUGACGAAACGGGAAAACAUAAAUUAAUUUUUAUUUGAUU